UAAUCAGGUGUAUUUAGCCUAUUCCUAUUCGUCGUGUCGUGUAUGUUAAACAAAACGGAUCCUUUGUGUGAGUAACAGCUCGAGUUUCCUCCCUGCGAUUUCGAUUUUCUCGGAAUAUAAUUUUUCUUAAUUUUCCUGAGAAAAUUGAUUUCGGCUUCUUAUAUCUCCAGUUCUAAGAUCGUAAAUUUGAGAUUUAUUUGAUAUUUUCUUUUGUUUUGGGAUCCUUGAACAGAAAGUUAGGAACAAAACGUUAAAGUCUCAUUGCCUGCAUAUUUCAUACCGUUGGUUAGGGUUUGGCAUUGAAUUCAGGGUUUUAUAUAAGGAUUACGGUAACAUACUGAAUCUGCAAAACUUUCGAUUCGAAAUUCGCUGUUUGAAAUUGCUGCGGCGUUUGGAUAAUAUAGUUUUCGAAAUUUUUUGAGUUCUGAUUUGGGUUUCCAAGUGAAAUUAGGGUUCGCUCGAAUUUUGAAGCAGAAUUUGUCGAAUUGAAUGUUAGGAAGAUGAUAAUCAAACGGACAAUGAAAUUCGAGAUGCCAAAACUUAAACGGUGUAAGCUUGAAGAGUCUAAUGGCGAAGAUUACUCGUAUUCCGUGAGUGCAAAGAAGCGCCGGACGAAUGGGUAUUAUUCAUGCGGUAAUGGUGAGGGUGAAGAUUUCAGCAGUGCGUCAGGUUGUUCCUGGUUCAACGAUGAGUCAUGUUGGGCCGGUGAGGUCGAAUCGAACUUGAAGCGGUCCAGCGGUAAACGAGCAUUGAAUGGAAGUUCAAAAGGGUUUCGGAAAUCGUCGCGAGGACGCGUACAGGUACUUCCUUCGCGGUUCAAUGAUUCAGUUCUUAACAUUUGGAAGAAUGAAGAAUCCAAAUUUGAUGAAAUGAAUACGAGCUUAGAGGAGGAGGAAAUAGAUGAAUUCGUAAAAGAAGAUAGGGAGAGAGUUGAUGAAUUGAGAUUUUUAAGGCAAUACGAAGAGGAAAAGUAUAGGUUCAUGAAUUCGAAGUUGCCUCGAUAUGGUGUGAAGGAAGAGGAUGUAGAAGUAGAUUGUCUAGAAUUAAAAAAUCUUGAUCGUAGAAAGCUCGUCGUGGAUCCAAAAUGCCAUGGAGACUUAUCUCCAAGGAUAGGACCUAAAGAAUAUACCAAUGGGUUUACUUUUCCAGGCCUGGAGAGUGUAAGGAAAGCGAAUACUGGAAAGAAAAAAGAAAUCUAUAGGCCUGAGGACUUUGCUUUGGGUGAUAUAGUCUGGGCCAAGUGUGGAAGGAGUUAUCCGGCUUGGCCAGCUGUGGUGAUUGAUCCCAUAUUGCAAGCACCCGAAGCGGUUCUGAGUUGCUGCAUUCCUGGUGCUAUAUGUGUGAUGUUUUUUGGGUUUUCAAAGAAUGGAAAACAAAGGGACUAUGGAUGGGUGAAGCAAGGAACAAUAUUCCCCUUUUUGAAAUUCAUGGACAGAUUUCGCGGGCAGACCCAAUUGUACAAGAGCACACCCAGUGAAUUUCAGAUGGCAAUUGAGGAGGCGUUGUUAGCUGAAAAUGGCGUUUUGGACACGAGUUUUGGUACUAGUCAAACCACUAAUUCAGAAGCAUAUGCCAAGGAAAUCCAAGAGGUCACUGCUUUAGAUCGGGAUCAGGAAUAUUACUCUCAAAACCAGGAAGCAUAUCAUAAUCACAGGGACACAAGACCUUGUGAUGGCUGUGGCCUGACACUGCCCUGCAAGGCAUUGAAGAAAAUAAGGGGUCGUGAAACUCAGUUUUUAUGUAAACAUUGCGCUAAGUUAAAAAAAUCAAAACAAUAUUGUGGCAUAUGCAAGAAGAUAUGGCACCACUCAGAUGGGGGGAAUUGGGUUUGCUGUGAUGGUUGUAAUGUUUGGGUACACGCUGAAUGUGACAAAAUUUCUGGCAAACUUCUCAAGGACCUGGAGCACGUUGAUUACUAUUGCCCUGAUUGCAAAGCAAAGUCCAAUUGUGAAUCAUCAGAUUUAGAUAAAUGUCAGCCUAAAGAAAAGUAUGUUGAACGUUAUAGAAGAAAUGAUUCUAUGGGAAAAAUCAAAGAAACUGUAGUGCCUGAGAAAAUAACUGUGGUGUGCAAUGGCAUGGAAGGAACAUAUAUUCCAAAACUUCAUUUGGUUGUGUGCAAUUGUAGCUCAUGUGGGCCAAAAAAGCAGACACUCAGUGAAUGGGAACGACAUACAGGUUGUAGAGCUAAAAAAUGGAAGUACAGUGUAAAAGUGAAGGGUAGUUCAAUGAUGCCACUGGAAAAAUGGAUUGCAGAGUAUAAUGCAGAAGGUGCAGAUGAUGUCAAGCUUGAUAAACAGCAGUUACUCACUUUUUUGCAAGAAAACUAUGAGCCAGUCAAUGCAAAAUGGACAACAGAAAGAUGUGCAAUUUGUAGAUGGGUCGAAGAUUGGGAUGAUAACAAAAUGAUUAUCUGCAACAGGUGCCAAAUAGCUGUCCAUCAAGAAUGCUAUGGGGCAAACGAUGUCCAGGAUUUUACUUCAUGGGUUUGUAGAGCAUGUGAAACUCCUAAUGUAAACAGAGAAUGUUGUCUUUGUCCUGUAAAAGGCGGUGCUUUGAAGCCUUCAGAAGUUGAGGGACUUUGGGUUCAUGUCACAUGUGCUUGGUUUCGGCCUGAAGUUGGUUUCGUGAAUCAUGAGAAAAUGGAACCUGCUACUGGAAUCCUUAGAAUUCCAGCAAAAUCUUUGUUGAAGACUUGCGUAAUAUGUAAGCAGACUCAUGGUUCCUGUACCCAGUGUUGCAAAUGUGCUACCCAUUUUCAUGCAAUGUGUGCAUCAAGGGCAGGGUAUUCCAUGGAGUUGCACUGCUUUGAGAAGAGUGGGAGGCAAAUAACAAGAAAGUCAAUAUAUUGUGCAGUUCACAGGACCCCAAACCCAGAUGCUGUUUUAGUUGUUCAUACUCCUUCAGGGGUUUUUGCUGCCAGAAGCUUGCUUCAAAAUCAGAAAGGGUGUUUCAGGGGUUCUAGGUUGGCUUCAUCAAAUAGAGCAGAAAUUCAUGAAUCAACCUUAGAUAUUAAUGAGUUUGAACCACUCUCUGCUGCUAGAUGCCGCAUUCUUGAAAGAUCAAAUUUUAAGAGGGCUGAACGGCAGCCAAUAUUCCACCGUCCAAUGGGGCCAACACGUCAUUCUUUAGAGGCAGUUAAUGGCCUGAGCAUCUGUAAAGUGGUAGAAGAUCCUAAAGUUUUCUCUUCAUUUAAGGACCGACUUUACCACUUACAGAGAACUGAAAAUCGUCGCAUUUGUUUCGGUAAAUCUCGCAUACAUGGAUGGGGCCUAUUUGCACGUAUAAAUAUUCAAGAAGGAGAAAUGGUUGUUGAAUAUCGUGGAGAACAAGUAAGGCGGAGUGUUGCAGAUCUGAGGGAAGCACGGUACCGGUUACAAGGCAAAGAUUGCUAUCUCUUCAAGAUCAGUGAGGAAGUAGUUAUUGAUGCUACCAAUAAGGGGAAUAUGGCACGUUUGAUUAAUCACUCGUGCAUGCCCAACUGCUAUGCAAGGAUCAUGAGUGUGGGUGAUGGAGAGAGCAGGAUAGUCCUCAUCGCUAAAACCAAUGUUGCGGCCGGUGAAGAACUAACGUAUGACUACUUGUUUGAUCCCGACGAGCAUGAUGAUCUCAAAGUACCCUGCCUAUGUAAAGCUCCCAACUGUAGAAAAUUCAUGAAUUAGUGUACUUAUUUUUAUUUUUUUUCCCUUCCCUUUAAUCUUUUGCACAAGCUCUAUAGUCUAACCCAUUCCCUAACAAGUGAGCAACACUUUUAUCAUAUUUUUUUUCUUUUUUUUUUUUUUUUUUUUGGCGGCCCUCAUUUGUAUUUUAACAAUUCAAUUACAAUAAAAUACGAAUCACCAGCUCUCUUGGCUUGGUGGCAUUUUUGUAAAA